AUGACAACAUCUUAUUAUGACUCGUCUGCGAAACUGCAGAAGCCACGAGUUUCUCGCCAUGGCAGGCAGAUGCACCUCAACUACGAAUGCCCACACCGUUUGAACGUCACCAAAAUCUACCCUGUUCAGAGCCCGCGAGGUGCUGACAUUAUCGUGUCCGGAUAUGACGACGGCCUUCACAUCCUUUGGAGAGGCGGCAGGCCACUGUCGGCUACCUCGCGCGCCGUCACGGAGCGCGUAACUGAAAUAUCAGGCUCACAUACAAAGCACAUGGAAUGGAACCUGCCCAUAGACAUGCACAAAGAUACAGUCAUCGAAGACAUCCCGGCCAAGGACAAGCCGCGUUACGAGGCCGAAGAUGAAGAGCUGGACGAAGACGAGCCGUACCCAUCGUUCGCCCAAGAGCUGAAACUGUCCUUUGGCAGUCCGGUCAUACACCUGGCCCUGCCAAACAUCCCUCAGCCCUCUACCACGCUGCAAUCAAAGACACAGAUACCCCUCAUAGUCAAGCAACGUAUCGUCCUGGUCGUGGCCUGCGCAGAUGCGUCAGUGCGUCUGAUCACACUGCCUCUGACCCCUCCAUCAGCGACCACUAAACGAAAUGGUCGCCUGGGUGCUCAGAUCUGUGAACUCAGCCCAUCGGCUUCCUCUUCAGCUAUGGCCAGAGACAUUGCCCUAACGUGGACAAGCAGCUCCGCCUUGCCUGUCGCCGGCGAUCACAUGGACCUCGACCGACCGCAGCAACAGUCCGCUGCAGACAAUGAAAGGCUUGAUCUGCUUGUCGCUUCAUCGACCUCGGCUCAUCUCGAGACUCUCACCUUCUACCGCAUUCCCAUCGCUUUCAACGAUUUGACGGGCGGCACAAUCCCCAAAGCCGUUGUGCCUUUCCACGCAGUACCUCUAUCUUCCUCUUCACAAUGUCUGCGCUUCAGCACCGCUCAAUACCCCUCCCGCCAGCAUUCGCGCCUUCUUGUUGCCGAUGUCAAGGGGACCUUGAAGAUCUACGACCCACUCGCACCUAAAGGCCGUCCGUCAUCUCGCGCUUCCACGGCCGACACACCUGUCGCGACGGGUGCAUGGAUAUCGGCUUUCAACACUGCCUUCCAAAUGCCCAAGGGAGCCACAAGCAAUUUCCCUGGCCUUGCUCAAAGAAGAAAGAUUGUCGAUGUCGCUUGGAUCUCUGGUGCUAGGGCUGCUUUGGUUCUGUUGGAUCGUGGUGAAUGGGGAGUGUGGGACAUUGACGCUGUCACACAGAAAAAGAUGAACACAUUCGCUAUCCAAGGCUUCAUCGGUAGUGCAGAUGCUGCGCCUGCAACAGAACUCAAGUCUAGGUCCACUCAAGGUCUUGCACCAUCAACGCCCAAUACGCGUCAGCAACGACAAGAAUCUCUCUUUGGCGCUACGAAGUCUGCUGCGUCAGCAACGACCACAGCCAGGGGCGGCGUGUGUGCAGUCGCGACUUCUGGUAGCCAUGGAUCGCUUGAUGAUUCAAUCGUCUUGUGGUAUGGUAGUGACGCAUACCACAUCUCGAGCCUUGCCUCUCUCUGGCAGCGUAGCCUCAACAGUAGCGGUAAGGAUAUUGGAUCUCUUUAUGGACCAGGAAUUUCGCACAUUGAAGGCUUGGACCUUUCUGGUGAGAUCCUCAAUGGCGUCACACAAUUCCCUGUUCGCUCUACAGCACUCAAUCUGGGCGCCAUAUCACAGCGUGACUUUGCCGUCGCUGGCGAGUACCGUCUUAUCAUAGUCCAGUCGAUGCGCCCACAGACACCUGCCAAGUCAAUUUUCGCACAAGCAACAGCCGGAGCAGGUAAUGGUGCCAGCGUCUUUGACCAGCAACUACUAGACCGUGGAGAGCUGGAUCUUGGUGGCAUGGAUCGUCUUCUCGAUAACAUGGGUACCAGGACCAACGGUUUCGCGCCAGCAGCGACCAAGAAAAGAGUUGGAUUCGCCGGUUAG